AUGGUCUCUCUGUGGGGAAGCAACAAGAAGGACAACGGCCACCCCCCUCAAGAGGAGGAUGAAGACAGUGCCGCAGCCACCGCAUCCCAUCCCCAGUCGGGCGGACCUUCGGACGAUGCCAAUGAAAGAACACGACUAUUGCCACGCCGCGAUCGUGGCCCUGGCUAUCUCAGUCCCGACGACCCUGCUGUAUCACCUUACAACCUCUUCUCAGUGAGGGCGUUACGAUGGCUCGAGGUCGUCUUCUUGAUGAUCACCUGCCUGUGGUGGACCUUGCUCUUCAUCUCCAUCUUCGUCAGUCCUCCACAUUUCAACUCGAGAGGCUCCGGCUUCUUUGACGUCGCCUGGACCACCCUCACCAUUGGCAAUAUUCUGACGGCUCUUCUGUUCUUUGCCACCCCAUCCACUGCCAUGAGCGUUCUGAGCAUGGCAAUUUCUGUCAUCUUGUUGAUCGACAUGAUCAUUAUCCUCGCGGUACCUCGUAUUAGACUUGAGGAGGGCUGGAUCGGGGUUGCCUCAGUGAUAUGGGCUGCUUUGAUCGGCCUAUACAAUGUCGUGACGAACAGGACCGUUCAAUGGGGGAAAGCGGAAGAGGAAGUACGCCUUACGGGUCGCCAGGAGACGCGUCGUUCUCUUAGAGAAUGGUGUGCUGUCUUGACCGCAACCGUACUGAUGGCCGUCUACGUGAUCAUUGUUGUCUUGCUUACUGCCGUCCUGGUAUUGCGCUCGAGGGACGCUACCCUACCCGCUCCGGGCCAUCGGUAUUUGGUGGAUGGUGACAAAUACGCCGUGCACUUUGCUUGCAUUGGCAACAAGACCUUUGACGCAGACGGCAAGCCGAAGCCCACUGUCCUGCUUGAGGGAGGAUACAUGCCUGUGGAAGACAGCUUCGAGGGGUGGGUUUUUGAUGCGUGGAUGAACGGGACUAUCGACCGUUACUGCUACUGGGAUCGACCUGGCAUCGCAUGGUCCGAUAAUGCGCCAUCUCCACAUUCGGCUGGGAUGUCUGCAGAUGCAAUCUCUGAGGCGCUCGCCAUUGCUGGUGAGGAAGGCCCCUGGAUUCUAGUCUCUGCGGGCAUUGGAAGUGUCUACAGCAGAGUCUUCUCUGCUCGACACCCCCGUGAUAUCAGAGGCAUGAUGUUCAUCGAUGGCCUACACGAAGACCUCCUCUACAAAGUCGGUGGUCCUGGUCGUGGGUUCAUUCUGUGGGGCCGUGGCAUCAUAUCCCCGCUUGGCCUCGAUCGCCUGGCAGGAGCUUUGUUCAAGGGUCGCACCAAGGAAGAUCGCGUCUUUGGCAAAUCCUCCUACCAGGGUGGCAAGUUCAUCAAGAAUAAGCUGCAGGAAAACCUGGUAGCCGAUUCAUUAACCAAGAACGAGGUUAUCAGCGCCCGCAACAUUCAGGAUCGCAGCGUUCCUCUUGUUGUGAUCACUUCUGGGGUGCAUUUGAAAAAGGACAAGGACUGGGAGCGGAAGCAGGAAGACUUGACAAAGGUGACAGACGAGUUGGUCGCCUGGGAUGUUGUGAAAGGAGCACCCUCGGAAGAAGUGUGGAGGUCGGAUGAAGGACGAAAGAUCUUGGAAAAGCGACUAGGACAACUGUACAAGGGCUCAUGA